UGCUAUUCGUGUUAGUCGUUUGAAAGCGAAAUGUCGUUGUUCGGUGCUGUUAGUCAACCUUCCACAGGUGUGGGGUUUUCUUUUGGAACUCCUUCUAGCACAACUACGGGUUUUAGUGCCUUUGGAGUAAGUCAACAGGGAAAUACAGUUAAUAAGCCAUUGUUUGGCACAACGAACUUUGGUACUAAUACUGCUGCCAGCUUUGGUGCAGCAACUACAACGACUGGUUCAGUGUUUAGCUUUGGCGCAAAGACUACUGCCUCUUCUUCUCUAGGUAUAUUUGAAGAUUAUUUCUUCUCCCAUUAUUAUUUCUCCAUUAUUAUGCUGGAAAGCGAGCAAGUACAAAUGUCACUUUGAACUGUUCUCACAUUUUUGCCUUGUCUUCAUAAUAAUAAUUUACAUGGAAAAAUUACUCAGUUCUGAUUGGUUAUGAUAAAUGCAGUUUUCAGGUAAUUCAGUGCAGAAGAGAGUUAAUUCAGUGCAGAAGAGGGUUAAUUCAGCGCAAAGAAAGUAACAAAUCAGAAAUUCUGAUUGGUCAAUAAUCAAAGAAACUCACAGAUAGCCAAUCAAAUGUGAGCCUUGGAUGUUGCAACAAAAUUUGAAAAUUUGCAAGUGAAACAAUGGCUGGUGUUUUAAGUAGGUUUUCUUUCGCCACUGCAGCUGAAAAACAGCUCAAACAACGAAAACACUGUAAAAAGCACUGCUUUUUGAUUGUCGGUUUGGAAAAAGUGGUGUUUAGAGAGGGGAAUUGCCAAGGAAAUCGAAAAUUACGAGCUGACCCAGCUUAACACUUUGCUCAAGAGAUCCAACAUGGAAAUUAAAAACAAACAUGGUUAAACCUCGGAAACAACAAUUCCAUUUCAUCGUAAGUGAUUCAGACACAGACUGAACAAUUCCUUGAACUGUUUAGCUGGACUUUGAACUUUUUUUGCACCUUAAAGAUGUGAAGAUAUCAUUGCAUAUUGUUGUUUCAAUUGUACGUGGUUGGUUUGACUGAAUGCACGGUUUGAAUAAAUUAUUUUUGCACUUGAUGCGCACGCUUUGCUUAUGCUUAAUUAUGAUAAGCAUCUCAUAUUUUUCCAUGUAUAUUAUUAACAUGUAAUCACAUGAUUUUUCUUGUACAAUUUGGAAUAAACAAGCACUUGUUAAUUUUUUCAAAGACCACAAAUUACACUUGCCCUAUGUGCUUAUGCAAUUUUGUUAGUCUUAUAAAAAAUUUUCUUGUGCUUAUUUAUUCCAAAUUGCACUUGAAAUCAUGUGAUUGCCUAUACAAAUUGAAUAAGAGAAUUACUAUAUGUUUUAAGUGAAAUCAAGAGACAAUCAUCAACUUCUUCUGAGAAACAUAAAAAAUUUUCCUUUGUGCAAAUGAUUAAUUUUAAAAAUCCAGUGGCCUGUGACUCACCCAGCGCACAAUGCAUUGCACAUAAGUAAUGUUUUAAGUUGACUUGUUGUGAAACCUAUCAUAGUGAGAAACAGCAUUCAAACCAAACAAGAUGACAGAUUGUGAAAGCAUUUUAAGAUUUUCAGUGGCAUUAAAUCUUUGUCUGUACUGUCCAGUUACAGUUUGGGUUAAGUCCCAAGCUGAAACAGUUCAAGGAUUGAUGAGAAUUAUAUUUCAUUCUUUGUUAGGCAAACAGCUAUAGUGUUCCAAUAAAUCAUUAAAGAAACAAUUUUGCACGUUGAUGCCAUAUAGUAUCAGUUACAGUGAUAUGAAACUGUUCAGUUGAUUAAACUAUAUUUGCCAUCAGGUUUUGGAUCAACAGUCACUUCAUCUGCUCCUUCUCUAGGAGCGAAUCUCACUGGUUUUGGAACAACUCAAGGACUUGGUUCUACAGCUUUUGGUCAGCCUGUAGCAGGUGCUGUUUUAGAAGUUUUCAAAACUAUGGAACACUGAUACUGUAACUUAUGUAUGAUUCUUUUUGCAUUUUACAACCUCAAUCUAUGGGCUGUGGCAACUGUUAUAGGUGCAAGUAUAAUGUUGCAACUUUUUAAGAAUAACAAACAUGAACUAGAUAUCUGGUACUCAUCUUCUUGUGUUCUUACGUUGCUUUCAGCUGAGUAAAGGUAAUUUUUUUUCUUUUCCUCUCAGGGUUAUUUUCACAGCAGAGUAACCAGUCUGUACCCAACCAACAAGUUGCACCCUUAGCCCAGCUGGCUGUUGCUUUAUCUCAGCCUCAGAUAUAUGGUGAUGAAAGAGAUGGAAUUAUUGCCAAGUUGAACCAGGUGCAAGCUUAUUGGGGAACUGGAAAAGGGUUUUAUAACCAACAAAGUGCAGUUGACUUUACACCACAAAAUCCAUUUUGUCGCUUUAAGGUAAGGUGUUUAUAUCACAGAUCCCAACUGCAGGGAGCAGUUUGGGUCUGCUUAUCAUUCAAAACAUUUUUUAAUUAAUAGAAGAAGAAAGAUUUAAUAGGUACUCCCCAAGGGGCUUUUCAGCAUCUAUUUACAUAACUUCAUCAGAUCAAUAACAUCAAAAACUUAUGACUAUUUACAUUAAUAUCACUAAUUAUAUCAAAACUAAUAACUGUUUGCAAGAAUGUGACUCUUAAGUUUCUCCUUAAAUGCCUUUAGGGAGGCACACUGUCUUAAUUCAGGAGAUAUAUUGUUCCAGAGCCUCACCCCUCUAAAGGCAAAGGACCACUGACCAGACGUUUCAUGAUUUCAUGUCCUAUGAUUAUGAAUGUCUGAUCUCUUAACAAACUUACUACUCAAGUAACUGGGGGCAAGAUGGUUCAUGCAUUUAUAAGUCAUGACAGUGGCUCUGAAAAAUAAAAGCUGAUCUACAGAGAGCCAGUUUAAUCAAAACUGUAGCAAAAUUUUCAAAUGUGAUUGAUUAUUAUCAAUGUGAAUUGAGCACUUAUAGGACAGUGAAUGCAUCAUGUUUGUAAUUUGACAGUUGACAUGUCAUGCCUGUGUAUGAGAACAGUACACAUCAGGUGCAUCCAUUCUUGUUAAGCAUUUUGUUAUCUGUUGUUGUUUUUUUAUGAAAAUGUGUAACCAGUGUAUAGACUCCACUCAGUCCUAUUACUAGUAUGAAUUUUAUAUGUAAACUGAACUAGACAAGUCCACUUUAAUCAGGGCUAGAAACAAAGGCUGCUGGUCGGUUAAAUUUCAGAGUUUCUUUUCAAGAUGUUGUGAUACAAUACGAGGUGUUAAGGUGGUUCUCUAGCUUUACCUCUUUGUCAUCAAAGAUGGCUCAAAUUCUUGCUGGCUACCUGAAGAAAGGCAGUUAAGGCAUUUGUUGGAAGUCAUAACUCUUCAAGGUCACUAAAAAGAACUCUUCCCUGUUGAAAAAAAGGACAGUGAUUAGUGGCUAACUGUGUUUGCCAAGUUUUAUGUUCCAACCCAAAACAUGAACCAGUUACCGGUAAGUCCUGACCGGUGAUAAGUAUUUACUUAUCGAGGUUGAUCUGGAUAGAUGAUGGCAAAUGUGAAUGAAAACACAACAGGCUGACUUACUACAAGCUGUAGUGACAACUACCAAAUGCAUACAUAUUAUGAACCUUUUUUUAUGCAUUGAUUUAAUAGGUUGUAAGCUACAGUCGCCUUCCUAUGGCCUGUAAUGAGGAUGGUCAUUUAUCUCUUGAAAUAAAGAAGAAAGAAAGUGAUGUUCGUGCUUUACAACAAGGGAUUGUAGAUGGACUUCAUAAGUGUCUAGGAAGCAAACCUACCAUUAUGGUCUGUAUUGAUGGAAUAAAACCUCUGCCAGAUGACAGGUAAUCUACAUAAUUUUUUUGGUUUUACCUUGCAUACUGUUCCUACAGACUCAACUUGUGAAUAAAAGAAGAUGUUCAGUUCCUCUAUGUUGGGUUGUGAUGUACAGGCAAAUCUUGUUCAAAGAAGGGAGUAAAUUGGAAGCCUAAUAUUCAACUAUUGGCAAGUUCAGGACACCUGAACUGAGAUAGAUGCCUUCUAUGGCUUCAGAUGCAGGUCUGUGAUACUGCUUAGAGUAGCAGUCAACAUGAAAAGUGUUCGCUGCACAGAACAAGAAAGAAUGCUAACCUUGGUUGUUAAAAUGAUUUCAGUUGUUUUCUGAUACAAGGACAUACUGCAUUAUCAACAUACAUUGUUAUUUGUAUGGUCAUAUGCUUCAUGUUGGUUCAACUGAUAUGCCUUUUAAAGACCUGAAGUAGUAUUUUAGUUAGGAGUUCUUAACCAGUGCACUGAUUGUUAUAAGUACAUAUUUGUUGUGUGCUGCAUUUUUCAUCAGGUCAGAAGUGGUAAUGUAUGUUGUUGAGAGACAUCCAAAUGGUUCCUCAAGAACUAUACCAGCCACAGAUGUCUUUUCACAUCUUAAUCAAGCCAGCAUCAAGGUAAUAAACAUAAUGUUUUUCUCCUUUGCGGACCAAUAAAAGCCAUAGUGUUAUGAGUAUGUGUGUUGUUAAAAUUACACAGGGCAAGUCUUUGGCAAAACAAUAUAGCCUGCAUAAAGAGUAGUUGUCAGUAAUGUAACAAGGCUACCUGCUUACCUUUUUGGGUUGUCUCUAUAUUGAGUACUAAGGUUCCAAAAACUACCAACUAUACCUAAACCAAAACAACAGUCAUUCCUUAGCCAUUUUAUCAUCUAAAACUGGCAGUGCCUACUUUCAAUUAUAACCUUAACAGUGAUUGUGUUGAAGUGUUGCGGAAGGGCUGGUUUGUCUCAUAUUGUUUAGAGCCUUUGAAUAUAUUAUACUUUGUAUGAUCUGAAAUGAAUGAUUGAUCCCUUACACCUUAAACACAUUCUCAGCCUCAGCUCAAUAGCCUUGGAAUUUUAAAUGUUUUACUGAAAACAAGCCUGUCCCCAUCUCACCUGCAACAAUAUCUGGACAACCCUCCUGUUGGUAUGUAACCAAUUAUUUUUUAUGUUUCUGUAAAUACUAUUCCUAACCGUUAGCAUUUCUGCAACUUACUCAGACAGUGUGAGUUUUACGGUUAUCAUAUUGUGCUCAAAAGAAAAAGAAUGAAAGUGACAAAUUAACAUGAAUCUGCAUAAAAUUUGAAGUGCUAACAUACAUGUAUGGACUUACUUGAAAGGUGACAACAGAAAUUGAGUGAACUACAAUUACAGUUUAUUUUGUUGUAAUUUUGAAUGAUAUAUUUUUCAUUAGCCAAAAUGCUGUUGAGAUGGAUGCUACUGCAAUAAUUCAUUCAUACAAACUACUGUAAAUUACUCAAAAUGUACAAGACAAGGCUGGAUGUCAAGGUCUUGUGCACCUAUUGGCUGGAGUGUGAUGAUGAUGAUGGUGAUGAUGAUGACACGAUAGUUAUAAUACUAGUCAUGAUUAUGUUUUUUGUCGUAAGUCAACAAUGAAAAAGAACUGCACUUUUUUUUAUUCCCUUGCUCUUUUAUUUUCCUUUUGAUUUUCCUUUUAUUUCAAGGAAUAGAUUCCUUGCUGUGGGAGCAAGCAAAAAAGGACAAUCCAGAUACCGAGAGGUACCUAUUACAUAUCUAGCUAGGCAAAGCUAAUGUCUGUGGAAUAUGUACACACACUUACAAAGUUAUGGAAGUUAUCCAUAAUACUCCAAGUCUGUUUAGAAGGCACCAAGUGAUUGAUGGUAGUAGAUCAAUGAAUGAUCAUUUGCGGAGAAGAAAUUAUUUAACUUUGGCACAAUUGAUUUUAAUCAGAAACUCCUUAGUUCUGGCUAUUGAUUGAACAGAAAAAGUGAGUGUUAAUAUAUAAUCAUCAAUUGCUUCACACUGUUAUUAAGGAAAUAUUUUCUGUUCCGUAUGAUUAUUGUAUUUGUUAUUGGACAAUGCCAAUCAAAAUCAGUCAUCCACAUAUAAAGGGAACAAAUUGAUUGAUUUAUUUCAAAUCAUAUGUGUUACCUAAUGGAAUGCUCCCUUUUCAACUCCUCUGAGAUGUCAUAAUUGAAUAUUGUCAAUUGCUUGAAAGGUUGAUUCCGGUGGCAAUCACAGGAUUUAGUGAACUAAAAAAACGUGAAAAGCUUCAAGAACAGGAAACUUUGCAGCAUCAAAAGCGGCUCUCUGUGAGUUAAUAAACUUUCUAAGUAUAUUUAGAGUAUAACAAAGGGGAAGAGUUUGCAUUCUUUACUAAAUAAGUUAAACAGUGAGUUUUGCUUCUGCAUUUCCAUCAAAAAACUACAAUUUCCAGUAGGAGAAUGGAUGGUUCAUGCCAUGCACGUUUGGAACAUUUUGAGAUGACGCAGUCUUCACAUUAGUAUUAUUGUUUUUUUUAUUACCAUUUUCGAUCAUAAUUGUGAACGUGGGUAAGUUUUGAGCCUUUCUUAGAAAAAAAGCUUCCUUUAGAUGCCUUGUGUAUUUGAUAAGUAAUUAGUAUGUGUCUGCAUAUAUUUCCACAAUAAUUGUCAAAAUACAUGAUGUGCUGGCAAGUUUUCUCCUUAAAGAUAACUGUUGGAAAAGACUUGGCAUAGCUACAGAUGAAGCAGCCUUGUAUGUCAUACUGUUUUGAUAAGUUACCUGCCUCAUCAAUGUCUUGUAACCAGUUCCUGCACUAUUUAUAGCAUCUAUUUGUUUUCAUUUGAUUGGGUUCUGUUUUAUUCUCAACUAAUAAACUUUUCCCUAAAGGAAGACUCACCAAAACAGAAAAAGUUUCAAUUGUUUGUUUCUGGUUAGAUGCUUUAUCACUUGGUCGGCGAGUGAAGCAGGCUAGCUUUGAUUCUUUUUGACCAUGUGGACGUUUUUCUCUUUUUUCAAUCAGCUUAUACGUGAAGAGAUUGCAGAGUUACAACAUAAUCACGGCACAACAAUGGCUAAACUGGCACAAUUUAAACGAAAACACUUAGAGUUAAGUCAUCGCAUACUGGAGGUAAUAUACUAUUUGUUCUUACCAGGCUUUUCAUACAAGUCACAUUUAAUUUAAAUUUCACAACUCGGGGUUAAAGAAAAGAUUACUUUAAGACACUGGUCAUUCACAGGUUUUCUGCUUUCGAGUGAUUUGUGGUAUUUGGUGAUCUCUAAGUUUCGUUAAAAAUCCUUUUUUGAAGGACAGGAAGGAAAUACUCUUCUAGAAAUAUUUCCGUCACAUUAAACAAAGACACGAAGUGCCUGCUUUUUUUGUUGUAAAGUACUGAUUGUUGAUGUGUAGCGAUUUACGUCACGUAGUAGUAAUUUUGACUUAAGGAAGUUAUAACAUGUUAAGGCAGUAGAAAGAAAAGAUAAGGGACAAAACACAUUAUAAAUAAAUCAAGAUAGAACAAGGAUUGUUAAAGAUGGCAGAAUUGAAAGGACGAUAAUGAUCGUGCACCAAAAGUACCUUGACCUUGACGGUUGUUAUUAAGGUGAUAACAAGAUUUUAAGUGGACUCCAAAAAGAGAAACAGAUAUUGAACUUCAGGAGAAAAUGUGACGUAAAUCUAUCAUUGUGGGGAAGUUUUUUUCCCAAAAUAAGAAAAAGUGAGAAAUGAAAAUUGCACCAGUUUAUUACCAAUUAUGUAAAACAACGUCGGCGAAGUGGGUUUUUUUUUAAAAAACUCUUCAUUUUACGGAAAAUUCGUGAAGAAAAUCCAAUUAUUCGUGAAAAACGUUAACUAAUGAAAACAGAAGAAUGGUCGAAUACUUUGCUGUAAACUGAGUUAUAUCAGAAGUGCCCACUUGACAAAUAGAUUGAAUGUUGCAAUGGGUCUCUUUACAGUAAUAGAUCACAGAUGACGUCAAAAUGUGGUGAGAACAAAGAGUGUCACACAAAGCAUUGCUGUCCGACUGUAGCACGGGUGUUCUUACCAUAUUUUGACGUCUGUGAUCUUUCCCUGUACAGAGACCCGCGGUAACAUGGAAUGUGUCAAUUUUUACAUGAUAAAAAGUAUCAUAAGUUACAACCAAUCAAAAUGUAAGGGAGAUUCAGCUUGUUAUAUAAAUUAUUACUGUCUGCGUUUAUUGUCGCGAUAAGAAAAGUGGUUAAUCUUUACAAAACUGAGAGAUAUUUUUUCAGAUGAGGCUAAGAGGAUAAAAUCGCUGACACUGCUCUUUGUUAUGACGUAGUUUUGUGCUUGAAAAUGAAGUUGAACGCGGAAAAUGUUUCCGGAAAUACAUUCUAUUUUGUCAAAACGUCAAAGGGUGGGGCAAAAGCUAAAUAUAGAGGAAAGGGUAUCACGUACAACGACUUGUUCCACCCAGCUUGCCUAGUCAUCUUUUUGCUCACGAAACUUUAUAUUUACUUAUCUGUGCAUAACUUGACCUUGGAGUUGAAAACUAAACAUUUUCUUUGUUACUUUAUUAGGUUAUGAUAAAACAGGAAUGUCUCCGGAAGAGUGGUUACUCAGUACAGGCUGACGAAGAACAGCUCAGGUCAGUUUUGGUGCAUAGAGCAUUUUGAGGGUAGGGAGUCUAUGGUUUUAAUGAGUAAGUUACACAGGCACAUUAAAAAAUGGCACCUUUUAUUUAAGAAUCGCCCGUGGGAAACAUCUUUAAUUUCUCUUAAAAUAGUACGUUGACACACACCCCCCCCCUCCCUCGCCUCCCCUGACUAUUGUGGUACAUUGUGAGUCAGGAAGGAGUAUGAGAUUAUGACGUACGAGUCCAAUCUUACCUUAUUCGGACAAAGUUGGCAAUUGGGCGUCACCUGAGUGGAAGACUACUGCCCGGAAAAGUAUAGAGGCUCUGGAUAUUAGUACUAUCAAGCAUAUUUUCAUCACAUAAGAUAAUUUUUGCGGCUACAGGUUUGUACAUUUUGGCGCAUGCGGUGACUCCUUGUUUUUUCCUGUAUUUUUCCAAUUUCUUGUGAGUGGAUAUGUAUUAUGUCAAGUAUUUAAAAAAUUCUGAAUGACAAAUUAUUUCAAGGGAAACGUCUUAAUUACUUUGUGUUUCACUUUCAUUCCCUUCAACUUUUUUUCUUUAUUUCUUCAUGGCAGAGUACAACUUGAAUAUCUGCAUGCGGAGUUGAAUGCACCCUCCCAAUUCAAGGCAAGUCCUCAAUAAAUUAGUCCAGAAAGAAAGCAUCAAAUUCCUACAGGUGUAUAUGCGGUGUGAGAUCAUUUGCGCCGAAAAUUCCCAUGGUUUGUGUUGAAACUCAGUCGUUAGCGCUGACGACAAAUCAGCACCGCAAACUUCAGUGCUUAGUGGAAGGAUCAUCAUGAAUGGUGAAUCCGAUAAAUGUUGAUAAGCUAUGGAUUGAGGAUCAUGGAAGGAGCACAACACACGGACUGCAUCUUAUGAACAGGGUAUAAAAUAUAGGUCGGGGUUCUACCCAUGGUCCCUCGCGUUCAGGUUCCUUCGUGAAGAGCUUUAGGUGGAGUUAGGGAACACAAAGCGAGCAUAAAUCGGCUAGGUUGAAAGGUUCUGUAAAGGGAACGAUGACUUAUUAUAAAUAGUUGGUAAUUUUGUGCCUAUCAGGUGUUGUUGGACUGUCAUAAAUGGGUUGAUUGGGUUAAAUUAGCUUCUUUGCUGCAGUUUUUUUCUCUUUUCAUCAUUAAUUCCCUGAGUUUGAAAAAUCACAUCUUGAUGUAUUGAGCCGGCUGCAAUUUGAAUUCCAAACAGUGCGUUGGCAGUUCUGUCUUAAAUGCCUGAUAAAGUUUUGAUUUUGACAAUUAGAGGUAAUUCUAACCUUUUUUCAACAUGGCCUUGCUAUCACAGGCUCGUUUAAAUGAGAUGAUGUCGCAGAUCCGCUUACGGCAGAGUCAAGUUGGAGAGAGACUGGCGCGAGCGGACGGCAGAUAUGUAGUGGAAGGCGCUAUUCAGGACCAACUUAAACAAGUGAGAGAGAUCAACACCAAUAUUUCCUUAAUGUUGAAAUAAUCAAAAUCGCGAACCCGUCAAAUAACAUAUAUUUAUGUAGGACUUCAAACAUAAACAAACUCAAAUAAGGCGAAUGAUUGUCUCUGAGUGCAUGAUAAAGUAAGGACCCCAAGAGGAAAAAAAAUACUGCGCUGCACGCUUUCACCAGCCUGUGCCAGGCGUACGGUUGGUAAUCCAUAUAGCUCUCUCUGCGUCAUCCUAUAUUACACCAGAGAGGGGUAGAAGGGAUAAUGGUCAUUAUGGAAAAUCAUUUUACUCCACUCGACUUGACGAUGUCUAUAUUUUUUCUCUUUCUACUCUCUACUUCGCUGUACGUUGCCUUUUCACUCAACCCUAAACUGUACUUUUUCUACCAUAUUCUGCUUGACUCUCCCCUUUUGAUGCUCCCCUUUCUACUCUGCUCAGUCAUUGUAUAUGCUUUACUGUAUUCUGUUUUAUUGCUCUCUAAUAAUAAAAUAUACUGCAUAUUUCAGGGAUUGUCCAGUUGGCAAUCCCAUUUGCACACAAUAUCAAUCCUGAGUCUUGCUCUCAAAAAUAUUAGAGUAAGAAAACAUUUCGUGUGAAGCGUAGGUCGCUGCGGUUAAUGAUGCUGUUAGGUUGAACGCGAAAUAGUGACUUAACCAAUCUCCUUACCAAAGGCACUUAUUGGGUAAGUGUUGCUCAAUACCCACCCCGCUACAUUAAGUUUGAUUUCGUAAUGCUAAAAAAAACCUAAAGAAUGGAUAAAACUCUCAAGGUGAUAAUUGUGCCUUGCGGGAUUUCAAAUGUGAGUAGGAAAACAAUUAUAAAGAGGUCAUGAGAUUGCUAGCAAUAAUUUCAGUUUUAAUUGUUAUUUAACAAGAUGAUUGCAACUGUUGUGUCAUUGAUAUCACUAAGCUGGAGUUCUAUUUAAGAGCUUUGUUUUGUUACCAUCUGACUAAAGUUGCUGCUUAUUCCUUAGUACAGCAGAAGGUAAUGUCGUGUUUGAAUUAACCUAAACUUCACAUUUUAAAAGUCAAAGUUCUGGGCUAGAUGUGCUGGUGUUGUAGUAAUUCUGUUAAAAAGUGUUUGUGAACUCGUGUCGUUUAUUGCAGCAUCUUGAGCGUCAACAGUUAGGCCUGAUGCACCUUAUAACCAUCAUAAAAGAUGAUCUUCAGGAGUUGGCCACCAUAGAACGAGGACUCAGUGAGCUUCCUUCAACAAGGACAUGAACAACACUGUUCACUUAGUGACCUUCGGGACUCGCUGACGACCUUCCUUCAACAAGCACAUAAUAGACAGUGUUGACUGCUCUUGUGAUAAGAGUACAUUAUCACAGAGAAUUUCACAUUCCUAUACAUGUUUUGUCCUCUUUGACGUAAACUAUAUGUGCUCCUUAGGCUAUACAGCGUCGUUAGGUCAAUAGUUUGGGCAAAGGCAAUUAGUAGGUAUAUUGUAUUAAGCUGCCAAUAUCUCUAAUUCCUUAGGCUUUACUAAUUGUCUGUGAGUUUAUACUCGUAUUGUGCCAUCUUUUGUAGAACAAAAACCUUGCUGCUUAAACUUUAAGAUUUGUACUCAUAUCCUUCAAAACGCUGCCGAUACCAUUAAGUUUUGCCCUCAGGCUUGAAUGCAUGUAAAUGCUAUCGUAUCAUACAGUAGAGUGUUUAGGAAAGUGCUUCUCUCACAAUCACUCUCUUAGUUUCUUCAAUUUUCUUGUGACAGCAGCAGCGUAAAGUUGUUGCUGCAGGCGCCUGUCGUCUAGUCUGUUCUUGACCCUUUUGACAUCGUACAAAUAAAGCGAUCAACUGCGUGAAUAUGUUUAUGACCAGGAGUAACUUCAAGGUCUACUGGCACCACAAGGCACUAAUCUAAAGUGCUGGCUUUUAUUUUCUUUAGUGCUUUUGAGCUAAUACAGCGCAUAUCUUGUUGAUAAAUACUCAUUUCUCUGUCAGCCCAAGGAACAUUGGCCAAUUGAACAUAGUUAUUCUCACGUAAAUUUCCAAACUGCUUUAGUUCUUUCUUCAAUAGUUGAAAGUUUCAAAUUCCUCUAAUCUGUAGUUUGUAUAUUCACUACAGAUUGGAUAAAUUACAACUCAAAUAGUCGCUGUUUAGCGACUGCAAUGGCUAGAGUCCCUUCUUCUUUUGAUUCAAAUUUUCUUCUUGAGUGAAAGAUAAUAUAUAUGCCAACUUUAUACCAAGUGCCCUUAGUCUACAUUUGGCUAGAAGUUGUAGGAUAUAAAAUCAGCACUAAUGAGGAGAACACAGCUUUCUUUUCUUUGGAAACAAUUGAUUCAGCUGGGUUAUGCAAGCGGCGAUGCAUAGUCAGUUCAAGAAGAAAAGGCUAUUGUGUGGUCGGUAGACAAUGCUCAAGGCAAGGCCAUCUAUUUUUACUAACACACAACAGCUACUAUUUGUUUAAUAAUUUCUAUAGUAAAUUGAAGAGAAAAUACGAUAUACUGGAAUUAUUUCGAGAGUAAAAGUUCAAUAAACACAGAC